AAGAGGCGGCCGCCCUCUCUCUCUCUCGUCCCUCUCAUUCUCGCCUCUCUCUCUUCCUCUCGAUCCUUCCACUUCUCUCUUCCUCUUCGAGAAACAAAUCAAACCCUAGCCGCCCUCUCUUCUCCUCUUUCUCAUCUCGUCUCUCUUCCACCAUAGAACCGAAACCCUAGCCAUCAACCAACACCGCCGCCGCCAUCCUCUCUCUGCUUCGCGCCUCUCUCUCGUUUUGCCCUUCUCCCUCACUCUUAAAAAAAUGGAAACCGAAGGAGAGGGAGGCAGCAAAACUCGACUCCUCCUCUCUACCAUCCGUCGUGGCCGCCCUAUCGCCAGCCGAGGAAUCCGACCACGAUGGACCUAACUCGGAGACUUCCUCCCUAGAUGUGGAAGGGAGAUCGACGACACUCAGACCUCGUCGGCAGGGAUGGCGAGCCUUGCCGCCGGCUAGAAUGGGAGGAUGGCGCCGGCCCCAGAAUCCGCCGGCAACGAACGCGGCGGUGGUUUGACGACGGCUAAGGCGGGUUUUGAAAAAUGGGCAGAUCUAGGUUAGUGAUCUGAUCUGGGCUCAAAGAGAUGAGAAAAGGAGCCCAAUGAUUUUAAUUGAUUAGUCGGCCUAGUUUGAAAUGGUGUUCAAACUUCAAAUUUUGUUGUUGCUAUUAGUAACAGGUGGUCAUUGUAAUUAAUUUUAGCUCAUACUUUGUACCAUGUGUCAAAUUUAACUAUAAAGCUUCCGCCUCCAUUUCAUCUAUUACGCCCAUGUUCGAACUUCAAGCUUUGCAUCUCUAUUAUUUUUAGAAUUGAUGUUUAAGAUUUGCCACUGCUAAUCUUACUAUCUCGAUUAGUUCGAUCUUAUGAUCUCAACUAUUU